AAACUGCUGGAACAAAUACUUCAGCAAGGAAUGAAAGAAACAGUCAAGAUGACGUGGAAGUUAGAGACGAGCCAUGCUCCAGCCCACAAAAAAGUGUCAUUAUUGAAAAGGAGCCAAAACAACCCACUGUGGUCCCCGACACCAAAAAGUCCUGGUGGCGUAGGUUGUUCUGUCGUAAGAAGCAGACUCCUUUGGAAGUUUGUGUCCAGGAGGUUUCACCUGCCCCUGACACCUUCAUCUCAACUGCAGCUGGAGACAAAGAUGUCCUUGAUACUGCCCUUGAUACUCGAGAAGAAACUACUCCAGUCCCCAAGGAAGACACAGACCUGCCACUGUCCACAACACAAAACAUCAGUAUCAACACCAGCGAGGAGUCUCAGCAUGAAGAUGGUGUCCAGGAGGUUUCAUCCGCCCCUGAAACUUCAGCCUCAGCUGCAACUGAGGAUGAAGAAGAAGACAUGGAGUUGUUGUCUUCUUCUAUGUGUUUUUUUUCUUUAAUCAGCAGAAUCAACGCUGACGAGGAGUCCGAGGAAGGAGCUGGUGUUCAGGAGGCUUCACCCACCCCUGGAGAUGAAGAAGCAGCUAGUGCUAACCCCAGCAUCCAGUCUGAAGAUGGUGAAGCUGUGGAGAAGGCUUCAUCCAGCCCUGACAUUCUGGUCUCAACUGAGGAUAAAGACGUACCAGAAGACACAGAGUUGUUGUCUUCUGCCCCAGAAGAUAAGUAUAUGUCUUUUUCUAUUUUCAGCAGCAUCAACAAGGAGUCAGAGGAAGAAGCUGGUGUUCAGGAGGCUUCACCCACCGCUGAUGAAGAAGAAGCAACCAGUGCUAACACCACCAUUGAGCCUGAUCACGAUGAAGCUGUUGAGAAGGCUUCCAGUUGGCUCCGCUGGCUGGUGCCUCGCCGUAAGAAACAGAAUUUGGAGACAGAACCUCCAUCUGAGACAGCAGAGAUGGACACAGAUUGCACUGAGGCCCAGCCAUUUACCAUUCACAGUAAAAAACCCAACCCAAUAGGUCAGGGUGGGAGUGUAGACGUCGAAACUCUCAACGCCGAUUUAUAUAGAAAAGUGUUCCUUCGGCAGAAGAAUUUGUUGCAGGAAAAAACCUCAGCCAGCACAGACGUCAUUCCCAGAGAGGAGCUGGUCUGCCUCGGGUUCCCCAACCUGGCGCAGACCUGCUACAUGAACUCCACCCUGCAAGGCCUCCUGACGCUGAGACCUUUUGUUCACGACGUCAUCAAGCAGAAGAAGGUGUGGAUGUCUCACCCCGGAUCUAAAGUCAUCAGACGGUUUGUAGAUGUGGGACACAGCCACUUUAACAGCAACAAGAGAGAGGCAAAAAGUGUCCUGGCUGCUUUUAAAGACGCUGUCGCUGAGUUUAACUCAGAGUUUAAGGACCAUCAGCAGAAAGAUGCCCAUGAGUUCCUCAGCUCCUUGUUGAAUCAGAUGAAGUCUCUGAACUUUGACCUGCAGGAAUCAGCAAUUAACAUGGGCUUCAAAUACACCUGCCCUGUUGAUGCUCACAUCACCUUCCAGAUGUUGAGCACCAGGACCUGCAAAGGAUGCGGUAAACAAUCCAUGAGGGAGGAGGACUACAUCAACCUGUCCCUAGACCUGGUGCAUGGCGGCUCAGUAAACCAGUGUCUAAAGGACUACCUUAAAUUGGACCAGUUGGAGUAUCGGUGUGAGUGUGGUGCAGAGCAGUCAACGCAGCGGCCAUCCUUCUUGACCCUGCCAAAUGUACUGAUCCUGCAGCUGAAGAGAUUCAGCUUCACCAAAACCUACGACCUGGUGAAGGUGCAAAGCCCGGUUGUUUUAUCAAGAGAGCUGGUGGUGAAUCCAGAAUCUAGCGUUGCCGAACAGACAACAACUCGCUACUCUCUGGUGAGCAUCGUCAGCCAUUUAGGAUCCACAGCCAACUCUGGACAUUAUAUUUGUGACGGAGCCUACAGACCGGGAGAUAAUAAAGACCGAUGGCUAACUUACAACGACAAACACGUCAGUGAAACGACCGGCGCGUCUGUCUGCCACAAUCGCCAACAAACAGCCUACCUCCUGUUCUACGUGAAGCAGGUAAGGCAACAGCUCUUCUCUAUGGACAGAAAUAUGUGUCUUUCUGAAGAAGCUGAUAGACACACACACUAGGGUUGUCAAAAGUAAUCGGUACUCAAAAAAGUAUCGAUACUAAACGUUGUAUAAGGAUACGAUACUCAUUUUCAAAAAUAUCGAUACCCCCCAAACUUUCGUUUCAAACUGACCUAUUACUGAUGUUAUCGUAGCAUUAAUGUUAGCCGUGUUAUUAUUAGCCAUUAGCCGCAGCUAGCAAUUAAAGGCUGACGUCACUUCCUGCUACUUAUGUCGUUUGUGAGUAAAAUGGGCGGUUUUAGCAAUGUUUGAAAGAAACUGAUAACUUUAGUUAGCUAGCUAGAUAG